AUUCAACAAAACCAAAAAGGAUGCCAAACAUGAUUGCUGUGGCGCUGAGAAGAAUAAAAACGAUAUCGAUAUCAUGUGUUGUGAGAACGAAAAGUGCUGUUUUGAUAAGAGAGCGGCUCCCGAGCAGAUCCAAUGUUUCUAUGGACUGGUAGGUAGUGGUGACAAAAACAAGAUGCCUCACUAUACUGUCAAACAAGUGGACAAAGUGACAGCCACUCUGAAGCCUGCAAUUGCAUCGAUGCCCAGAUAUUUACAGAAACCCGAUCCCAAAGCGGAUCCCAAGGACGGGCCCAUCAUUUUCCCUGAACUGGAUCUCCAAAUAACAUAUUUUAAAAACGAGUACUUUGUUAUAGAAAUUAAACCAACUAAAGAUAACGAGACAGAAGACUAUCAAAUACCGACCGGUUUGAAAAAGUUUGACAAAAAUGAAACAAUCCAUUCGUCAAGUAAGCCAAGCGAUGCUGAGAUAACAUUGGUCUCGACCACUAAAGCCAACUGCAAGGACUGCUUUAUGCUAAGCGUAAAGCGCAGAAAUGGCAGUCAAAUCAUAUUCAAUACGGGAGACUUCACACCAUUCCUCUACAGCAGAGGACUUAUUGAGAUCACCACUCUUUUGCCCAAUGAGUAUAUAUACGGUUUGGGACAAUCACCCUCGAGGAGCUUCAAACACAACAUGUCCUAUCCUGAAGUAUGCCAAUAUCUCUACACAUAAAUAAUGCGUUAAAUGGUUUGUUAUGAACGCA